CAUAAAACCAAAUUUUGAAAAAAGCAGGAGUUUUGAGUUUCCCCAAAAACAAAUCAUUAUUUGCAAAAAGCCAAAAGGGAAAAAUACAAAGUUCACCGAAGUUCAUCGACAGAAAUCCCUCUCUCUCUCUCUCUCUCUCUCUCUUUCUCUGUGUACGCGCUUCGAUCCUCCUUGCUUUUCUGUAGCUGUUGGGAUUUGGGUUUAGGGUUUCAAUUUCACCACAAAUGCGACGCAAUUGGUGUCAUAUAUCGUUGGCAUUCCUGCUCAAACUCUUCAAUUUUCUUCAAGCAUUCGUUGGUAUCUCCAUAAUUAUUUACUCCGUAUGGAUGCUCAAUCAAUGGAACCAUCGUGUUCCCUUUUCUCCUCCGCCCUUUGUUUCUCCCUCUCCGGAUUCUUCUUCUGUCUCACUUUUACCCAAUUCCCAAUCCGACUCGCUUAGGGUUCUUAACCUCGUCGCCGAUGUGGCUUAUGGGAUCGAUGAUGGGCUCGGGCUUGGUUUGAAUUCUUUCAAGCUUCCAGCUCCAUGGUUCAUCUACUCUUUUAUGGGUGUGGGCAUUAUAUUGUGUACAAUUACUCUCAUCGGGUGCAUUGCAGCUGAAUCUGUUAAUGGCUGUUGCCUGUGCUUUUACACCAUACUCAAGACUGUACUAAUUCUUCUAGAAGCAGCUUUGGUGGCGUUCAUUGCAAUUGAUCAUCACUGGCAGAAGGAUCUUCCUUUUGAUCCAACUGGAGAACUUCAAAGCCUUCGCUCUUUUGUUGAAGAAAAUGUUGAUAUAUGUAAAUGGGUUGGCAUUACAGUGAUUGUAAUACAGGCACUAGCUCUACUGCUUGCGAUAAUUCUGCGAGCUCUGCUUUCUACUCGCACAACAGAUUCAGAAUAUGAGGAUGAUUAUGAGAAUGUUAGAGGUAGAACUUGGGAGCCACUCCUAAAUCAAUCAGGUCAAACAUCUGGCUCAGGGACUCAUUCAGACAUCUGGAGCUCACGGAUGAGAGAGAAGUGCUUUCCAGUCGGGAGAUGUAUCCUUGAUGUGGCAAUAUUGGUGCCAAGGAUUAUUGUCAACAGUCAUGUGAAAGUGGUCUUCCUUUGCAGUAUCCUAUUUAACCUGUGGAAAAUCUGAUAAAUGCAAUUCAUUCUAUUACUGGCUAACUUAUUUCAAUUUCUAUUAGCAACUUUUGACUCAAAUUUGAUUGUGAUAGUGGUCAAUUUUUCUGCUUCUCUUUCUUUCCCACCUCACCUCCUGUUGUGAGAUUUAGGACUAUUUUGAUUUAAUUUUUAACUGUGAAUUAGAUCUUUCAUUCUAUUAUAGUUAGGAAGUUUAGAUUUAUAUUAUUUAGGAAUAUUUAAAAAGUUAUAUAAGGUUUAGUAUAUUCCUAGUUAGAAUUGGACUAGUGUUUUCCCAUUUUGGAAUUCCUAAUCCUAGUGGUUGUAGGAUUAGUUACUAGACUAUAAAAAAAAUACCUAUGUAACCUAGGUAUUAAGUAGAGAGCUUAUAUGUUUAUUAUUGACAAUUGAGAAUUAAUCAAUUUUGAAAUUUCAGUUCUUUUCCCUUUUGAGUGUUCUUUGGUUCUAUGUCACAUCUAUAUUCUCAUGUAUGAGAGGGAUGGCUAGUGGUGGUGAUAGUUUAUGUUUCGAUCCUUUCCUUUGAACAUUUAAUAAGAAUUGUAUCAAGUACCUGUUUUUCAUUCUUAUGAAAGAUCACUGGUCAAUGGUUUUUUUAUUAGUUAUAUUCUGUAUUCCAUUUGUGUGAAACAUAGUUAUUAAAGGCGAGCCUCAGGCUCAAGGCUCACUAUGCUUGAAUCCUAGUGCCUAUGCGCCUAGGUGAGUGCCUUUGUUCUAGGCUCAAGGUUCUAGAAAGGCAUGCCUUAUUUAUUUUUAUCUUUAGCAAGCAAUUUUAUUGGCAAAAAGGAUUACCAUUUAAACUCAAACCAACAAACCCAAUUCAAAAUAUAUGCCAAAGAAAAAAAAGGAAAAGUAUCACAUUUAUUUGACUUUUAUGGAUUUUUUAAAUCUUUUAUUUUGCGCCUCAUCUCGCGCCUCAUCUCGCUAAGCCGCGCGCCUGCACUUUGCGCCUUGCGCCUAGGCUCCUAGACUCCUCGGCACCUUAGUGCGCCUUGAGCCUUUAAUAACUAUGGUGUGAAAUGAAAUACUUACAAAGUGUAGUCUUUUUUGUGCAAUUAUUUGAAUUAUAUUUGUUUGCAGAUUGCGCCUCUUAUGGUAUUCAUAUUUUUCAUUGCAGUAUGGAUUGAACAGCGGUGAUAAAACUAAAACACUGAAUCAGAAUGCAUCAAUGAGCAUGAAAUCCAAGUAAUUCAGAUCAGAGAAGCUGUGUCCCUCAAGGCAAAUAAAAGGAGUCUCACGCCGUUACCAACGUGUAUAUUGUUGCUUUUAGUCACAUUAGUGUCGGUGUUUCCUGGAGGAAGCUGUGAUGUGUAUAGGUUAAGUUGUUUUGUACUGAUUGGGUAACAUUCUCUGUAAAGGCUGAAAUGCUGUACUUCUAAUAUCAUGUUCUGGUCAUCAUCAUUAGCCAAUGAUUUGAUGUCGACAUCUACCAUUGCUGAAAUGAACUCUGUGUUCGUUUGA